GUGACGCAAAGCGGCGUGCCUGACGCCGCACGCACGGUGAGGGCAGGUUGGGAGACUGCUCGCCGUGUCUCUCGCCCACCGAAGCGGGGGGACGGGGCCUACUGGGGCGGAACCGCCCCACGAAGGCGGGGAGCGGGACCUCGAUACGCUUCUUCCCUAAGAUGACCCCAGUUACUCGACAAGAAGUUCUUGGCCUUUACCGGAAGAUAUUCCGAAUAGCCAAAAAAUGGCAAUCAGCAUCAGGACAGAUAGAAGAAACUGUUAAAGAGAAAGAGUACAUUAUCAAUGAAGCCCAAACAUUAUUCCGAAAAAACAAAAAUGUAACAGAUCCAAAGUUGAUUAAGCAGUGUAUAGAAGAAUGUGAGGCAAGAAUUGAAAUUGGACUUCACUAUAACAUCCCCUACCCAAGGCCUAUCCACCUGCCUCCUAUGGGUCUUGCCCAUAAACAAGGCCGUAUGUUGCGACACCAGGAAAAGUUAAGGAAGAUUUCUAAACCAAUAUACUUGAAAUCCCAUGAUGAAGUUUCAUAAUCCAUUAUUUAAGAUGUGAUGUGUAAUCAUAUAAUUUAAACUAUGAACUGCAAUCCAGGUGAUUUGUGUGCACAACUGUGAAUGAAGCUGUUUGGUCACUUGCUCACAUAUUUCCGGAGGCCAAAAAGCGAUGAUAUAAUGUAUAUGAUGAAUAAGGUUGGUUUGGUAUUUAUUGCAUUACAACCACUGACUCCUCAAUAAAAGUAACAUUUUUCAAGGAGUGA